ACUCAGGGAACCCUAACACGUCUAGACCGCGGUGCGUGACAUGCUCUCCUGUUCCCAGCACCCAGCGCUGGCCGGGAUGUUCGUCCUCGUGGAGAUGGUGGACACCGUGCGGAUACCCCCGUGGCAGUUCGAGAGGAAGCUCAACGAUUCCAUUGCUGAGGAGCUGAACAAGAAGUUGGCCAACAAGGUCGUGUACAACGUGGGACUCUGCAUCUGUCUGUUCGAUAUCACCAAGCUGGAGGAUGCGUAUGUGUUCCCAGGGGAUGGUGCGUCACAUACCAAAGUCCACUUCCGUUAUGUGGUAUUCCACCCGUUCCUGGAUGAGAUUCUGAUUGGGAAGAUCAAGGGCUGCAGCCCAGAGGGAGUGCAUGUCUCUCUAGGGUUCUUCGAUGACAUUCUCAUCCCCCCAGAGUCACUGCAACAGCCUGCCAAGUUCGAUGAAGCAGAGCAGGUAUGGGUAUGGGAGUAUGAGACAGAGGAAGGAGCGCAUGACUUGUACAUGGACACAGGCGAGGAGAUCCGAUUCCGGGUGGUGGACGAGAGCUUUGUGGACACGUCUCCCACAGGGCCAAGCUCAGCUGAGGCCACCUCUUCCAGUGAAGAGCUGCCAAAGAAGGAGGCUCCCUACACGCUUACGGUGAGACAUCCUGAUGGUGCAGCCGGGAUCACUGGGUGGCAGAAAAGCCCUGUGUGCAGCGGUGGGGGCUACGUCCUUGAGAUUCCACUCCUGGAACCCCUCUCUAGCAGGUCAGGUCCAGCUUUCUUGUGUGGCCUUUGCCUGUCACUUCUCCCUGCAGAGCCUGUUUCUGCAGGCUGAGGCCAUGAGCUGACAAAACUGCCAUGGAUGUUGGGGAGGGUGAGUGGGAACCAAUCACCUGCCUGCAUGAGGGACAGUGCACAUGCAGGAUGGUAAGUCCACAAGGGGUGCCCCCCCCCUUUAGUACUGGGUUUCAACUCAGAACUUCACACUUGCUAGACAGGUGCUCUACUGCUUGAGCCAUACCUCUAAUCCUUUUUGCUCUGGUUAUUUUGGAGAUAGGGUCUUGCAUUUUUGCCCAGGCUGGUCUGCACUGCAAUUGUAUUGCGUUUCCUGCCAUGGCUGGGAUUAUAGGCACAUACCACCACACCCAGCUGAGAGUAAGGGGAAGUCUCCAGGAAAGAGUGGCCCUCAGAGUUGGGCCACUUCCUGGGCAUAUAUUUGGAGUUUGGCUGUCAUGGACACUGCACUAUUUCUGGUGGGAGGGUAGACUUGAGAAGGGUACCUGACCUCCCACUAAGACCUUGGAGCCAGUAAACCAGUGCUUUUCUACAGGCCUAAGAAAGGUGGGGACCAGAAGGUCUGCACCCUAUCUCCUCCAGUGUGACUUCCAGUUCCCCCAAAGUCUCAUGGCUGUUGUGUGCCCCAUCUGCCCUUUGCCUGUGCUGGGCGUGCCAGGUGCUAAAUAGGAUGGCCUCUUUAUCUCCUGAGGUGGUCAAGUCCUGAGUGGCAAUGAAACACCUCUUUUCCCUUUGCAGGGAUCCAUUAGCGAGCCUGGCCUGGGUCUUCUCUCCUGGUGGACCAGCAGCUAGCCCUGGGGUUCGACAAUGACCCAGCCCUCUGGAGACCCCAUCCCAGGUCUUGGGGAAGGUGGUGCAGCCAGCAUUGAAGACAGUAGCUGAGCAGAUAAGGAGAAAUCUACUGCCUACAGCCGGAACAUGUUUAUCCCCUUCCACUACUAUCCUGACCCUGCUCUUUCCAGAGCUGCCCCUGAAAUCCUGCUCCAGUGGACUGUUUUGUUGUUUUUUCAGUGCUGGGGAUGGCCUUUCACACUAGGCAAGCACUCUACCACUGAGCCACACCAGCAGUUCCAGUUCCGUCUCAUCCUGUGGACUCUGAUGUCAGCAGACAUUAAAUAAGCGAUGACAGCAUCAGCAAGGAAGGGGCCCCCUUGUCUCAACAGCCAAUGUCACAACUAAGGUCACUGAAUUGCCAAGCCAAGUCACUUGGAGAUGACUUCCACUGACCCUCUGCACCCCCAGCAUCUGGAAGAAUAGGGUAGCUAAUGAAAUCAGCCAAACCAGCUCUCAAUCUAGAAAGUGGAGGCUGUGGGUUUUGCUAACCCUAGAUGGAAGCGUGGUGUUAUCCCCCACAGUACAGCAAGAAGCCUGGGGUCCGCUGCCACACAGCUGAGGCUGAGGCUGCUAGUGAUGCCCCAGAUCUGUCUGGACAAGACACUUGUUCAGCAGGACUGCUGGAUCCUCCUGUCCCUUCUAUCCCCACUGGCACCAGGACACUUGUGCAGUAUGUCUUAUCCUCCAUGGAGUCUUUCCAGCUCAUUGGAGCCACCAAUGUGACGGUGCUGGGUAGUGCCAACUAAUGCUCCCUCAAGAGGAGGAGCCUGUUCUUCACCAGGGCCUACUGCUGAAGGGGCUCAGGAUUGUAUGCAGCAUUCCCCAGUUGUGACCUUGGGCAUAUUUGCUUUCCAGGGUGGUCUCAACCUUAACACCGGCUUUGCCCACUCUCAGGGUGAUUAGAAAGCUGCAUGAGAUCAUGCCUGGCAUGUUAGUGCCAGGAGGAGAAAAGGAAGAGAGGUAGUGAUGGGGAGAUCUUUUCUGCCAUUCUCAGAUCACCUUCACUGCGGUAACUGGUCCAGAUGUGACUGUGGCUGG